AGUUCGAUGGGGACUACAUUUUCUGGUGUUGGAGGAGAUGAUAUCAGAAUGAUGACAAUGAAGAACAUAAAUGAUCCAGGAAGGCCUCCUGGUGUCGUUUUUUCUGCAGCCACUUCGUUUUGGGUUCCUGCUCCUCCUAAGAUUGUCUUUGACUUUCUCAGAGAUGUGGAUCAUCGAGCCAGUUGGGAUGUCCUCUGCGCCGGAGGGGUUGUGCACAAGAUAUCAGAAAUUGCAAAUGGGAGAGACAGCAGGAACUGUGCAACUUUACUCAGGAAUGAAAUUCCUUUUGAGAAGAAGAUGAUGAUAAUUCAAGAGACCUCUACUGAUCCAACAGCUUCAUUUGUGAUCUAUGCGCCUGUUGAUACGGAAUCAAUAGAGGGUGUUCUCAGUGCAGGUCAAGAUCCUGACUACGUGGCUCUCCUGCCAUCUGGUUUUGCUAUUCUUCCGGAUGGUAUGGGUGAUCAGCCUGGAGGAAACGGAGGAGGAGGAUCACUCCUGACCGUUUCCUUCCAGAUGCUGGUUGAAGGAGUUGAUUUGGGUAAGCUGAGUAUUACCUCUGUUGCAACCGUUGAGAACCUGAUUCGUACAACCGUGCUGAGGAUCAAAGCUUUGUUUCCUUUUCAGAUUGCAACACCCUCACUCGGAAAGUAAGCUAAAUGGAAGAUUCAAUCAAGGAAGAAAGAGGGGUGUUUGUGUCGAAUAUUGGUUUUUAGAGUUAACUGGAGAGCUUCAAAAGGGGAGGAGUCAAGAACGAACCUCAAAGACAUAGGUUUUUUACAAGGUUCGGGAUUUUGACUUGCCCUGAAAUAUACCCAUUGAAGAUGGAAAAAAAAAAAAAACAACUUUGUUAUGUCAUUUUAGUCUUUUGUUUCCGGAACCUUUUGUUAUUUCAGUUGAGUCUUAUGUUCUUUGUCAUUGUGGAACCUUUUGUUGUUUCAGUUGAUUCUUAUGGUUCCUUGUCAUUGUGAGAACCUUUUCUUAUUUCAUUAUCUGAGUCUUUGGUUUCCUUGUUGAACCUUUUAUGAAGUCUGGUUCUUAUUUUUCAA